ACGGUCUCACCUACACCUCUGCUCAGAAUCGCGACGCCCCUCCCUCUCCCGGUCCACACCGAUAAAUGGGUUAAUGCUGUCACCAGGAGAAGACAAAUGAACCGAGCACACACAACAGGAGAUCCCUUUCUCCCGAACUAACCCCUCUUCGCUCGCCGUUGCUGCUUUAUCGAUUGAGAAGAAACAUUCUCCUUAAUUUGUUUUUGAGAUUCGGAAAAUAUUUGAUCUGCAAGCUUUAUUGAGACAGAGAAGCGGACUGGUAUCACCGGCGCUCCAGAUCCGUGGGCGACUGGGCAGGGAGGUGUCUGUCGGUCUGUCUGCUGCAGGAGUGAAUCAUUGCGUCGGGGCUCGGAAGAUUAGACACCCCGCUUAUCACCACUCCAACUCCCGGAGGUCUCUGAUGGUAUUUGGAGAUAGAGACGGAUAAGUGAGCCAAUUCAAAUAGAUUACAGCUAAGCUGAUAUCGUCUGUGCACCUAUCAAGUAGCCUGCCCUAUAGGAUUUUAAAUUGGUUUUUAAAAAGGCACUACAAGUCUCACUGGAGACUUGGAUCAGUGACGUUUUGGCGUUUGCCAUAUCAGGUGAUCUUGAAGAGUGAAAAUAAAAGAUUUGAAGAUCAUUACAUUUUGGGGGGAUCCCAAUCACUUCCAGAAAAUAGCUGUCUGACAUGAGUGUAAACAGAGUCGAGUCUGGGUGACCCCCCUAGCCUGAUAAAAACGGAUUGAAUCUUAAUUGACCGGAUCAGCGUCUUAACAGAGAGAAGAUGCCGUUCCACCACGUCAGGUCUACUCUGCUCUACACUGGAAGUCUCCUGAGCCGGACACUGUCUGAAGGGAGCGAAACCUUCCAACUCACCAGCAUCUCCACAGAGGAGCUAGGAGAGAUCCGGGAGGCGUUCCGGGUGCUGGACCGGGAUGGGAACGGGUUCAUCUCUAAGCAGGAGCUGGGCAUGGCUAUGAGAUCCCUGGGGUACAUGCCCAGUGAGGUGGAGCUGGCCAUCAUCAUGCAGAGACUAGACAUGGAUGGUGAUGGUCAGGUUGACUUUGAGGAGUUUGUGACGAUAUUGGGACCCAAACUGCUGUCGUCUGAGACCAGAGAAGGUUUCCUGGGGAGCACCAUCGAUAACAUCUUCUGGCAGUUUGACAUACAGCAGAUGUCCCUGGACGAGCUGAAGCAGGUUCUGUUUCACGCAUUCCGAGACCACCUGACGAUGAAGGACAUCGAGAACAUCAUCAUCAACGAAGAGGAGAGCCUCAACGAGACAGGGAACUGUCCCGAGUACGAGGGAGUCCACCCUAAGAAGAAGAACAGACAGACAUGCGUGAGGAAGAGCCUGAUCUGCGCCUUUGCCAUGGCCUUCAUCAUCAGCGUCAUGCUCAUCGCGGCCAAUCAGAUGCUGCGGAACGGCAUGGAGUAAGCCAAUCACACUGUGAGCCUGGGGAGUGGGCCUUACAGUUAAAUGACCUCACUUCCUCUCUCUGCAGCAAAAACAGGAAGACAGACCAGCCAGAACCCAAACACCUCUGUGAAGGACAACUAUCUGUUAUUUUAAUGACGUUUGUUUUGAUUUAUAUCAUGAACAGUAAACAGACAAGAGAGUGCAAGUACUGAAGGACGCACACGGAAAAUGUUAUUUUCAGUGGAAAAAAAGACUAAUCAAAUCAAAAACACUAAGAGGACUUGAUGAACAGACUGGACAUGAUACAAAGCAAUCUUUUAUAUGUUGUGGGCAUAAAGGGAUUCCUUUCAUUUCUGUAUCAGAGAAGGCCACCCCUUUAAGAAUGAUUUUCUAACCACCCCUUUAAAAUAAAUGUUUUUUUUAACCUCCUAUUUAAAAGAUCAAUUGUCUAAUCAAAAGCAAUCUAUUGAACAUGCAUCAGGUGCUUUGAGCCAUUCCUAAUUUUUAACUGAACUUUUGGUUCUGGGUUUACUUCAGGGGGUAAACAUUACCUGACAAGCGCUCCUGCUGUUUAAUCUUUUAAACUGUAUCUAAACGUGUUAAUCUGUUAUUUUUUAUUAUUAUUCUACUAUCUUAUAUUUACAUGUUAUAGUCACUCACCUGUGGACAUUAUACCAAUGUAUGUUUACACUGUAACAGAGAUGGUUUGCGACUUGAGGACAAACUCGUGUUAGCUCCCAGAACAAACCCCUAGGCUUUAGCUCAGCUGACUUCCAUAGUCUUAAAUCACAUAGGCAUCAUUCUACACCUGACAUUCCCUCCCUCACAAUGUCGCUACAGUAUAGUCUACUGUCUGUCUGUCUCUAUGUCUGUCUGUAUGCACUGCAUGUGACUCAGUGGAUAUUUAAAGGCACUGUAUGUAUGUACAGUAUUUACCGUAUGUUGUGUCACUCUACGUGUCCAUAGGGCGGUGUUCUGUGUCAACUGUCCCCAAAGGCUUGGAACAUGAACCACCUGGCCUUCUUGGUCCAUGAACAAUAAGGUUGUGGUCAUGUAAAAUUGCUUUUCAUUCCAGAAAGUUGUUUUCCCCCCUCAGCCCACGUUCACUCGCCUUCACAGAUCUGACAGGACUGACUGGAUGGAUGAAUGCAACAUGGUGGAAUCUCCACCUCCUGUCCAAUCUGACUGGAUGGAUGAAACAUGUCCAAUCUGACUGGAUGGAUGAAUGCAACAUGGUGGAAUCUCCACCUCCUGUCCAAUCUGACUGGAUGGAUGAAUGCAACAUGGUGGAAUCUCCACCUCCUGUCCAAUCUGACUGGAUGGAUGAAACAUGUCCAAUCUGACUGGAUGGAUGAAUGCAACAUGGUGGAAUCUCCACCUCCUGUCCAAUCUGACUGGAUGGAUGAAUGCAACAUGGUGGAAUCUCCACCUCCUGUCCAAUCUGACUGGAUGGAUGAAAGCAACAUGGUGGAAUCUCCACCUCCUGUCCAAUCUGACUGGAUGGAUGAAACAUGUCCAAUCUGACUGGAUGGAUGAAACAUAUCCAAUCUGACUGGAUGGAUGAAUGCAACAUGCUGGAAUCUCCACCUCCUGUCCAAUCUGACUGGAUGGAUGAAACAUGUCCAAUCUGACUGGAUGGAUGAAACAUGUCCAAUCUGACUGGAUGGAUGAAUGCAACAUGGUGGAAUCUCCAGCAUUUAUCCAAUCUGAAGGCUGGUUUUCUUGGCACCUACUGUACCAGGGCCCAUAUUCACAAAGCAUCUCAGAGAAUGACGGCUGUUCGAGGAUCAGUUUUCCCUUUUAAAUCAUAAUCAUUAGGAUUAUAUAGACAGGGAGGGCGUGCUGAUCCUAGACUGAAUACGGGCCCAGUCAGAUGUCUUAGAUCUGUGAGACGGACUAGGGGAGUGAACGAGCUAGGGCAGAGGAAGAGAAGCAACCUUUCAUGAUGAACUACACGCUCAGACCAUGACAGAUCAAAUAUUUAUACUAAAAUAUAUAUUCCAUUACCUCUACAUCAAUAUGCAUGUAGCUGCUAUUUUAGUAUUCCUUUCCUUUGGAAGAUGAAGGGUAGAAUCAAUUCAACCUUUCCUAUGGCCUUGAUUUUAAAUGUGUGUACUGUGUGUAUGAACUACUGUCACAUUUUACUUUCAGAUUUAUACUGAAUUCUCUAUUUAUUCCAGCUAUUAAUCAAAUCAGAAUGCAGAGGGGAAUAUUUGGUCAUAAAUAUGCAAAUACAAGGUCACGUGGCCAUAAUCACCACCGAGCUGUUUCAUCUCUUUUACACUGCAUUGUCAUAGGACUGCAUGACUCACUGAGGCCUGGGGACACAUGUAUCAAGCGUCUCUGAGUAGGAGAGGCUGAUCUAUGGACAGGAUGGAGCUGAUCAGUACUGCUACUCCUAAAUACAUACUGUUCUUCACACAGUAACGUGUUCAAGUCAAAGUAUAUUGGUCUUUUCAUUGUUGAAAUGUCUUUACUCUCAACACCACAUGUUUAGGCUACUAUAAUAUAUAGAUCUUUUUGGCCAUGUAGUGUAGUUCUUCACACCCAAAGUCAUCUUGCUGUCUCAGAUAUCUAAAUAUAUUUAUAUGUGAUUGCAGAGGAACAUUCUGGCCCAUUGGUACAUUAGUCUAUAAUUGUUAUAAGCCAUUAUGGUCCCUGACACCAGCAUCUAAUCGUAAUGUGUAUGUAUAUUAGUCAUAGUUUUAAUAUUGUAAAUGUUUCUGUCAUAUAUUUUUCAACCUGGUAAAGGGGAUGUACUUGGGCUAAGAGAGAGAGAGCGUCUAUAACCAGCACUGGUGGUUUGGAGACCUGUGGUUUUGCGAUCAAUGGAGGCUGGUGGAAGGAGCUAUAGAAGGACAGGCUUAUUUUAAUGUCUGGAAUGGAAUAAAUGGAA